AUAAACUUAUGCCUUUCACAUUCCGGUAAAAUUGUUUUUUACAGCGUGGCAUGAAAUUAUAUGCAACGUUGCGCAGUUUGACUAAGGUCUGUGUCCGAUCUUAUUGUCUUCCUACAUACGUCAAUAAAAAGAGUUUUUGCAUCACCUCAUCUGUUCAUCAAAAGUGGGGUUCUAAUAAAAAACACCGGAACGUUAAGUUAAAUAUUUAUUGGGACACAAUGGCUGAUCCGAAGAUCGAGGAGAUUUUAGCUCCGUUGCGCGCUUCUGUGAAAGAACAGGGUGAUCUUGUUAGAAAGUUGAAAGCCGAUGGCGCGCCAGAUUUGGAUGUGAAAAAGGCUGUGGCUGAAUUGAAAGCCAGAAAAAAAGUAUUGGAAGACAAGGAACUAAGUUUGGCCCCAAAUGCAACAUUUGACAGGGCCAAGAUGGAAGACCUUCUCAAGAGGAGGUUCUUCUAUGAUCAGUCAUUUGCAAUUUAUGGCGGUAUCACAGGCCAAUUCGAUUUUGGACCUAUGGGAUGUGCCUUUAAAUCCAAUUUGCUACAAGCCUGGAGACAAUUUUUUGUAUUGGAAGAACAGAUGUUAGAAGUUGACUGUACAAUUUUAACACCAGAGCCUGUCUUAAAAGCUUCGGGACAUGUAGACAGAUUUGCUGAUUUGAUGGUGAAAGAUUGUCAAAAUGGGGAGUGCUUUAGGUUGGAUCAUUUGAUAAAGGCACACCUAGAGAAAAUUGCAGUAGACAAAAAGACCACUGCAGAAGUUAAAGCAGAAUGUGAAGAUAUUAUCAUUAAAUUGGAUGGAAUGAAUAAGGAAGAAAUGGCAGCAAUUUUGAAAAAAUUCAACAUGAAAAGUCCAAUAACUGGUAAUGAACUCACUGAACCCAUGGAAUUCAAUCUCAUGUUUGCAACUGAAAUUGGACCUUCUGGUUUAGUUAAAGGAUUUUUGCGACCUGAGACAGCUCAAGGGAUCUUCGUGAAUUUCAAACGUCUAUUGGAAUUCAAUCAGGGCAAAUUGCCGUUCGCUUCGGCCCAAAUAGGUCUCGCAUUCCGAAACGAAAUCUCGCCGCGAUCCGGUUUGAUUCGCGUCCGUGAGUUCACGAUGGCGGAAAUCGAACAUUUUUGUGAUCCAAACGACAAGAGCCAUCCGAAAUUUGAAUCCGUAAAAGACGAAGUGCUCCUCUUGUACUCGGCUUGUAACCAAAUGGACGGCAAACCGGCCGAGAAAACGAAAAUAGGAGACGCUGUUCAAAGAAAAUUGGUUGCGAAUGAGACUUUGGGCUACUUCUUAACCAGGAUCUCAAAAUUCCUAAUUAAAAUUGGUGUGGAUCCAGCAAGGUUACGAUUUAGGCAACACAUGUCUAAUGAAAUGGCACAUUAUGCUUGUGACUGUUGGGAUGCCGAAAUUCUUACCAGUUAUGGUUGGGUAGAGUGUGUGGGUUGCGCAGACAGAUCAGCCUAUGAUUUAACGCAGCAUACGAAUGCAACCGGUGUAAGAUUGGCCGCUGAGAAGAAAUUGGCAGAGCCCAAGGUUGUGGAUGUUGUUGAGGCUGCACCUAAUAAAGGACCAUUUGGCAAAACAUUCAAAAAGGACGCCAAAGCAAUAACUGACGCUUUGGCCAAGUUACAGAUUAAUGAUGUUGAAAAUUUGGAGAAGAGUUUAGAAACUAAUGGAUCUUUUGAAUUAGCUGCAGGAGACCAGAAAUUCAACCUGACCAAAGAUCAUGUUGGUGUUAAACGUUAUCAAAAGACACUUCACGUAGAGGAAAUUACGCCGAGUGUUAUCGAACCUUCAUUUGGAAUUGGUAGAAUCAUGUAUGCUAUAUUUGAACACAAUUUCAAAAUGAGAGACAAUGACGAACAACGAACAUACUUGUCUUUGCCUGCGGUUGUUGCACCAUUAAAAUGUAGUGUCUUGCCUUUAAGUGGAAAUCAAGAGUUUGUGCCUUUUGUUAAGCAACUUUCUUCUGAAUUGACAAAGCACGAUGUUUCUCAUAAAGUCGAUGACAGUUCCGGGUCAAUUGGAAGGAGAUAUGCUAGAACUGACGAGAUUGCAAUUCCUUAUGGAAUAACUGUUGACUUUGACACAUUGAAAGAACCUCAUAGUGUAACAUUAAGAGAAAGAGAUUCUAUGUUGCAAGUUAGAAUUCCGCUCAGUGAAGUAGCUUUAGUGGUCCACAAUUUGGCAUACAGUAAACAAACAUGGGAGGAAAUUCAAAACAAGUACCCAAGGUUUGAACAACAAGAAAGUAAAAGUGCUUAAUACACAACGGUUUUGAUAGAAUUUUGGCAUUUGAUUAACUUUUAAGCUUUAUACAAUGUAUUUAUAAAUAAUAAUUUAUCAAUAAACAUUAGUCCUCAACUGAAA